AUGACGAGCAAGACAACCAGCAAAGAUGUGGAUACUCAAUCCACGCCUCAGCAAAGAUCAUCCACCACUCCCUUGGAUUUGACCCGCAUGUUUGCUCUCAUCAUCGGGAUAUCUAAGUAUCCAAACACAGGGAGCCUGCGAAAUUUACCCGGUGUCGAUACCGAUAUAUCCUCCAUGAAGGAUUUUUUGGCCAUGUCAAGGGUGUCCAAAAUACUACAGAACGAGAAAGCGACAGCGUCCGGAAUCAGCGAUGCUCUCAGAGCUAUUAUCAACGACAAGAACAUCGGGAGGGAAGACCCCAUCCUCAUAUACUUUGCUGGACAUGGAGUGAAGGUCAACUUGACGAGCGAAGAUAAAGCUAUGUCAACUACUCGCAUGCUUUGCCCAUACGACUUCGUUCAACAGACGCGUAGCGCGCCUAGUAGUAAUGGGAUCUCGGACGCUGCCCUGUCCAAUUUUCUCGCCGAUAUCUCUUCCCAGAAGGGAAACAACAUUACAGUUAUAUUGGAUUGUUGUUACUCCGGACAUGCAAUACAGGGCGCUGCUGAGGUCGGUCAUAAACGAAAUCCAUCCGCGGUGGCCCAGAGGCGUAGCUCGAAGCGAACACUCGAUGACGAACUGGAGUCAAUUUUUGAACAUUUGGGUGUAUCCUCCCACGUCCUGCUCGCUGGUUGCGGUAUGGAGGAAGUUGGUCUCGAAAAGCCAGAGGGAGGUGCCUACACGAAUGCCUUGAUAAAGAUUCUCAGGUCCAGCCAGGCGAGCAUGCUCACGUACAGGGAAUUGAUUGAGAGUCUCGACUCGGUUCUUCUGAACAACCAGAACCCACAGUGUAUUGGCAUAAAUCAGAACAGACGUAUAUUUUCCAUGAAAACCAGUCGUCACAAACAUUAUUUUUACAAGGCCACUAAUAAGGGCAAGAGUGGAAAUGGCCAGGACACGGUUUAUAAACUUAAUGCCGGGAAAGCUUCUGGAAUUACCAAACAGUCAACAUUCGACAUCCAUGGAACGAAAGACCGGAGCUCUCCAGCUCUGGGCAAGUUCAUCGUCCAGACUCUCAACAAUUAUACCACCUUUCUGCUCCUUCAAGGCGUAUCUGGUAACAAGAACAACUUUCCCUCCGAGGCCUAUGCCUUCAGUACUUGCACAAACAGGGCCUUCAAACUAUUCAUCCCGAAGGAACUUUCCUAUAUUCUGAAAAAAAUCAAUACCCUUGGAAAACGCAACAAUAUCCCGAUCGCCAUCAUCAGUUCCCCCGCUGAUAAAUGCAACCUUUCAUUGAAACUUGGGAAAAAGAAGGAGGUCGAGGUCAAACCCCAUCACAGCGAAUUCACGAAAGAGAUUUCCUCCCAUACUGUCCAAUACGAAGAGCGCAAGCCCCUAGCAUCUCGUAGCCCCCUUCGCACUGUACUAGAUGGCGCUGCCGAUUUCUACUCGUACCUCAAUCUCACCCCGGACGAUCACAACCUUUUUGGAGGAUCGACAAAGAACGUUCGUUUACACUGUUAUGAAUUAAAGGAGUACGACGAAGGUAGAUAUACCAUGGAGAAGAAGGACGGAGCUAAGGACCUCAUCAAAGGCGGUCAAUUGCAUCUGGACAGAGAUGAAAUCGGCCCCUUGGGAUUCGAGAUCGUCAACAACACCAGGGAAAGUCUCUAUGUGGCGUUAUUUUACUUCGAUUUGGGUGACCUGAGUAUCACGUCCUACUACGAGCCAGGGACUGCAAAGAAUGGCGCAGCCGACAUUUCCAUUCCUAAAGAGGGAAGACUCACGAUCGGGUACGGGUCUAGUGGUUGGAGACCGCGCGCUUUUAGCUUACGGGAUGAUCACGACGUUGCUGUUGGAGUUUUGAAGCUCUUUGUUUCAACCGAAUGGGUCGACUUUUCCGACAUCGCACAAACAUCACCAUUCGAGGGUUACAAACGCACCGGAAAUCAUGAUCAGAUUUACCCACGAGAAAACUCCCCCUGGGACUCACUUUGCGUUUCUGUCGUGCAAAAGGGUGCGAAGACGUCCGGGAACGAUGGGCAUCGCAAUGAAACAGGCGCUCCCCAAACGAAGCGAACGAAAACAGAGAAAGAUCCGGUGACAUCCCCUGCUAGACCCAAGAAAUGA